AUGAGAGUCCACACACUAACAGCAAUUAUUGCACUUGCUGCCACUGUGAUGGCUCAAGGCCCUACUGCAAGCCCCACACCAACACCGUCAGUAUCUUCUGAAGCGACAAUGCCUGCACCGUCGGCAUCGACUUCAGAGGCACCAUCUGCCCCUACACCAUCGGCAUCGACUUCGGAGGUACCGACUGUCCAUACACCAACGGCAUCGACUUCGGAGGUACCGACUGCCCCUACACCAACGGCAUCGACUUUGGAGUCAACAACUGCCCCCAACGUUUCAGAAGGACCUGCCGCAACACCAACUGCUUCUCCUACCCCAUCAGCGAGCGAGUCAACAGAACCCGUAGUAACAAUCACACCAUCUGCAACGGCCACACCAUCUGCAUCUCCAAGUACGUCCAUGGAUGCUGCUGUAACACAAUCUGCGACUGCCACACCAUCUGCCUCACCUAGCACGUCUACGAAUGCUGCUGUCACAUCCACCCCAACUGUCCCCGAUAGUGACUAUAUCACGUGUGCGAUUAAGGAUGUCGAAAGUCCUCUAGGCUGUGAUGAGGUUCAGGACGACAAGUCGUGCUGUCGAUACAGUUGGAGCUGUGGAAAUCUAAACAAGUGCACCCCCUCGUUCUGUUGCAAAGAGACCAUCCCCACACCAACUCCUCAUCCUUCACCAUCCAGCACCCCCAGUUACGAGCCAGUCGAUAAUUACAUCAACUGUGCUGUGAAGAAGUCAGAGGGUGGCUUUAAAUGCAACGGAGAUGAGGUGGUAGACAAAAAGAAGGAGUGCUGUCGUUGGUCUGAUGAAUGUGGCAACUUGAAGAAGUGUACCGAGGAUUACUGUUGCACUGACGAUACUUAUCACCCUAAGCCAUCACCUUCUGCCAAACCUCAAGACUACAGUAUCAAGUGCAAGGAGAAGCAUGGUAUCUAUUGCUCUGUAGGCUCUGAGUUAGAUGAGGACAAGAAGUGCUGUGAGUAUCCCGGCGCAUGUGGAGAUCUUAAAAGUUGUAAAUCAGAUUACUGCUGUACCGAAUCUGGCCCACUACCACCACCAGAUACCGUUGGAGCCUGUGAUUGUGAUGGAGCAGUAGUCGACAAGGUUUGUUACUCAACGCUCGAGAAAGCUAUUAAAGCUGCAUCGAAUGGUGACAUCGUCUACGUUGGUGGUGAUAUCGAGGUAGACGCGCCUAUUCAAUUUACACAAAGUCUGUCCUUCAGCGGUGUGCUUUGUGAUGACGAGCGGGCUCAGAUUAUCGCUACUUUCGAUGAGGUCGAUAGAGCUAUCUUCGAGGCUGUGAAUGAGGAUGAACAGGAAGUGAACUUCCUGCACCUGGCUAUCACCAGCGAGGAUGACAACUCGGCUGCUGCGUUCCACUCUCUUGGCAGUGUCACUGACGCCCCUAACCAGGGAGUGACCAUGAACUUGACGAAU